AUGGCAGCAUUUUGCGGCAGCAACAGCCGCAUCUACAACAAAGGCUCUUCUCGCGCGCUAUACGCUUACGAACAAGAAACUAAUAGCUCACAGGCUGUCCUCGUUCCGUAUAUUAAGAAUCCUGAUUUCGUUGAGCGCUCCGAAGUCCUUCAUCAACUCAAGCUGCUCUUUGGGCACCAGAAAUCUCAUGGACAGAUUACUCAGUCUCGGUCGCGAGUCGCCCUAUAUGGGCUCGGGGGUAUUGGGAAAACCCAGAUCGCGCUUGCUUAUGUGUUCUGGCUGCAACAUGUGCACCCUGAUAUAUCAGUAUUUUGGGUGCAUGCCAGUAAUGCAGAGCGAUUUUACCAAGCAUAUAGUUCAAUCGCACAAGAGUGUGGUAUACCUGGAUAUGACGAUCCGCAAGCUGAUAUGCUCGCUCUUGUUAAGGCGUGGUUGGGAAAAGAGAGUCAAGGCCGGUGGCUUAUGGUUAUUGAUAACGCCGAUGAUUUGCAGCUAUUCUUUCCACCAUCCGAGAGCAACACCACCAACAUGCAUCAGUUAGCUCAACCUCAAGGUGGCUUCGGACACUACCUUCCUGAAUGUCACCACGGAUCAGUUCUCAUAACCACUAGGAAUAAGCAGGUCGGGUCGAGGCUAGUGCGGGGGAAGCAGGUCAUUGAGGUCAAGAAGAUGGUCGACAGCGAAACACGACAGCUUAUACAUGCCAUACUUGAUGACGAGAUUCCGGCUGAGGAUGUAUCGUUACUCUCCACUCGACUUGAGUAUCUGCCACUAGCACUCGCGCAGGCGGCAGCGUUUAUGCUCAGUCAAAGAAUACGUACAGCUAUUAGACGAAAGUGA